AUGGCAGACACCAAUUCAUCAUUUCUGAAGUUUAAGGUAAGCAAGGAAAGGUCCAGCAUGGAGGUAGAAACCAACACGAUUUACUGCAAACUCUGCCUGACCGACUGUCCGGAACCGGAGACCAGUACGCUGCGUUCCUGUAACUGCAUCUUCUGUGUCCAGUGUUUAAGGCAGUAUGUCCCGCUAGCUAUUAAGGGCGGUGCAGGAGGUGCCAUUACCUGCCCUGACCUGGCCUGCAAGAACACUGGAACUCUGCUGGACUCUGAGAUCACCUCCUUCGCCCCAGGUGAUCAGGUCGAGCUCUAUCAACGCCUCCGAUUUGAAAGAGGUGUUCAGCUAGACCCCAAUAAAGCUUGGUGCCCCAUGCUGGACUGCCAGGCUGUGUGCAAUGUGACGCCCGGUACCGAAGGCAUACCGACACCUGUCCCCUGUCCGGCAUGUCAUGUCGUCUUCUGCUGCGGCUGCAGAGGCCCCUGGGAGGACGGGCACUCUUGCUCUCAGCAUCAGCCACUGAUGACACUAUCAGAGGACAGUGGUUUUGCCGGCACUGACACUGAUGCGGCAAUCAAACAGUGUCCCAUGUGCGGCGUCUACAUAGAGCGCAACCAGGGCUGCGCUCAGAUGCUGUGCAAGAGCUGCAAGCACACGUUCUGCUGGUACUGCUUACAAAAUCUGGAUGGCGAUAUAUUUCUGAGACAUUACGACAAAGGACCAUGCAGAAACAAACUGGGGCAUUCCAGAGCUUCAGUCAUGUGGAACAGAACACAGGUGGUGGGUAUACUGGUGGGCGUCAGCAUCAUCGUACUAGUGACAUCGCCACUGCUGCUCCUUGCCUCGCCCUGCAUCCUGUGCUGCGUGUGCAAACCCUGCCAUGCCAAGACGUCCAAGAAGAAGAAGAGAAAAGAUAAGAAGCCAUCAGAUUCCACCGCAUAGCAAACGUCAUCUCACGUCUAUAGCACCCUUCACGUGCCAAAUGCUAUUCUCGCUAGCCAGGUGCACAAGUGCCUCAUUCUCAGUGCCUGGUAUUUGGUGGGUUUAUUUUGCCUUUAGGUGCAUGGGAUGUCAUUAAGCCAAAACCUGUUUUUCGUUUGUGUAACAAUUGUUAUAUUAUAAAACAUUCAUAGACUGUAGCAAUGGGUUGAACUCUGCUUAAAAGGUUUAUUGUUUCUGUAUAAUUUUCUAGACCAAAGGAUCUGAUCUCCUCUUCUGUACUAUAAAGUGUAAAUACUGUAUUUAUGAUUCUGGGUACUGUUCUGCUUUUUUACAUUUGUUGAUUUUUUUCUGCACAAGAUAUUUUAUAAAACGUCCCUACAAUAAACAAAAUGGCUCAAACUGA